AUGAAGUUUUUGAUCGCAACAGGCAUCUCCGCUGUAGUCACCUAUAUUUUCAUUAAUGUGUCGAUGUUUACACAAGAAUGGGUGACCGUAUCUUUUAUGCUCCUUAAAGCUUCUGCGGGAAUAUUCCCUUGGGGAUGUGUUUCCAAGAACACAUGUGGUAUCUUUUGGGAUAACGCAGACGGCUGGGCCAUUUCAACCUUUCUGGCUUUGUUAUUUGCCUGGAUAUUGCAGUUUUUCGUAGUACUGGCAGCUAUACUAGCCCUGGUCGUUCCGCGAUGGCGAUUUCAUCUUUCAAGAGGGUUCAUGGGCAAGCAAUCUGCAGUAGUGAUUUUACUUCUUUACGUCCUUAUCGCUUAUGGAGCAACAUAUGACAGAAAUACUGGCUUCAUCAGGGAUGCUGGAGUGGAUAUCUAUGUACGUUGUGCUUUUUCAACUUCCUCAUCUCUUUUCAAUAAUAUCCUAGAUUUCAGCUUGGCUCUUCUUACUGGCUCUGCUUAG